AUGACAUUUGCAGGAGGAGUGCCUGCUGCCAAUAAUGUCGAUCGAAAUGACUGGAUCAUCGCACAGUAUAAUGACAUUGCGAGCGCCGUAGAGGCCAUCAAGCAGCCCGAUAUCGCGGCCGUCCUAAUAGAAGGCAUGCAAGGAGCGCCCGGUGCUAUCAAAGGAACGGAACCUUUUUUGAAGGCCAUCGAGGCAGCCGCAAAAGAAGCAGGCGUUGUUUUCAUUCUAGAUGAAGUUAUGACUUCGCGUGUGGCAACCGGCGGUCUUGCGUCUAUAUAUGGGUUGAAGCCUGACCUCAAGAGCUUCGGAAAGUAUCUCGGAGGCGGCCUUGCUUUUGGUGCUUUCGGCGGACGUGCUGAUGUGAUGGCCGUAUACGACCCAAGGCCUGGCACCACGACGGCGCCUCUCGCUCACCAUGGAACUUUCAACAAUAACUCAUUGGGCAUGUAUGCAGGAUAUGCUGGUUUGUCUCAAAUCUAUACGCCAGAAGUGUGCACCGAGUUCAAUGCUCUCGGCAAUCGUCUCCUCACUCGCUUGGCCGAGGUCACGGAAGGGACCAAGAUGUGCUUCACGGGCAUUGGGACAGUGUUCGGGUCUCACUUCACCUCAGCAGGCUUGCAAGCAAUUGAGCGUGAGACUUCUGAGGAUUGGAAACUGAAAGAGCUGUUCUGGUACGAGAUGAUGGAGGAGGGUUUCUGGAUUACCCGGCGAGGUAGCAUCGCUUUGGUGCUGGGGACGCCGCAGGAGGAGCUAGAUAGGUUCGUCGAAUGUGUUUCUGCAUUCCUUCAGCGACAUCAUAGCUUGGUUCGCAUUUAG